ACUUGUUUUCCUACGCUAUGUGAUAUCUUCGCGCGUUAAAUUACAUCGUAAUUUAUGAUCCUGGAAUUGAAUACUUCACACAGGAUAUGGUGUAUCUUCAAAGAGAAGCAUCUUCUCUUGAAAUAUGUUUCCCAGUGGAAAAGGAAUGGAUAUUUGUAUGAAUUCAGUGUAUGCCUCCAUCCCUGGAUUACCGGAACUAGGGAUGGUAUGGAUGGGAGAUAUGAUGGUACAUGGAGAACCUACUCAUGAACUUAUGUUGGAUCCUCGUCAAGCGGAAAGUCCAUUUUUCUCUCAUGGUUCGAAUCCAUAUGAAGAUAUUAGGAACCAUCAAAUAGCACCUACAACUAUGGUGCGGUAUCUACCGCCUCAAUAUCCUAACGAGUGUUCAGAACCUGAUGAAGCUAUGGAAGCUGCUGAUGCCCAAGAAAUAAGAGAGUAUGAUUCACAAUCUGAAAGGCCAGAAAUGACAGAGUAUUUAACAUUAGAAGAUUACAUGGGUGACGAAGAAAGGGAGCAAGUUGUAAACAAUGCAGCAACACAAACUACUCAGGACAAUCGCAAUAGGAAAAUAAAACCUAUAAAACAUCCUGGACUUGUUUUAAAGACACCAAUCGCGUAUCAGCCACAUACAGAUUUAAACUUUAUUCCCAUUCGUAAGGAUGGUAUAGCUGUUUGUGAAAAAUGUGGUGCUAUUGGAGUGAAACAUGCAUUUUACACAAAGGAACGCAGAUUUUGUAGUAGAGCGUGUGCGCGAUCUUCGGAACAUACCGCCCCUACUGCAGACUCUACAUACAGUCCAUCUCAUUCUGUAGAAACACUUCCAACUGUUAAUCCAACUUCUCCAAAUGAAUCGAAAGUCUUAGUGAAAGAAGAAACGGAUAUAAAAAAGGAACCUGCUGAAUCAGAAAAAGAAAAAGAAAAAGUUAUAUCCGAACCAGUGAUGCCAGAGGACCUACCUGUAAGAAGAAAGAGAACAGCUGAAAUGGCGGGUUCUUAUGAUUGGACUCCACAGCUAGUGGAACCUGGAUUUUGUGCUGCCCCAGUGUCUUGCUUCAAACACGCACCUAUAUCGGAAAUAUGGGAUAAUAUAACAGUUGGUAUGAAAGUUGAAGUAGAGAAUACGGAUUGCGACGAAGUAUGCGAAGCUUUUCCAGAUUCUUUUUGGGUUGCCACCGUGUUACGCAUAUCCGGGUAUAGAGCUUUAUUGAGGUACGAAGGUUUCGGACUUAACGCCGAUAAAGAUUUUUGGGUAUCUCUGUGCUCCAAUGAUAUACACCCUGUAGGCUGGUGUGCAACUAUUGGUAAACCACUCAUUCCACCUAACACUAUCGCUAACAAAUACAAAGACUGGAAGGAUUUUUUAAUGAGACGAUUAACAGGUGCAAGGACACUGCCAACUAAUUUUUAUAAUAAAGUUAACGAUAGUAUGAAGUCCCGUUUCAGAUGUGGACUUCAUUUGGAAGUAGUAGAUAAAAAUAGAAUCUCGCAGGUAAAAGUAGCAACGAUACAAAAAAUUGUUGGCAAACGUUUACAUGUAAGAUACUAUGACUCGCCGCCCGAAGACAAUGGUUUUUGGUGUCACGAAGAUUCCCCUCUUAUACAUCCUGUUGGUUGGGCCAAGAGGGUAGGCCAGACGUUGGAUGCAUAUCCCGAAUAUUUGGAACGCGUGUCGAAAUCAAAAUUAUGCGAAGAUGAUUCAACAGAAGAUCUUUUUUAUGUGCCAAAGAACCAUCACUUGCACCUUGGUUACACAUUUCGAGAAGGAAUGAAGAUAGAAGCCAUUGAUCCACUUAAUCUUUCUGCUAUAUGCGCGGCAACGGUUAUGCAAGUUUUGAAAGAGGAUUACAUAAUGAUUCGUAUAGAUAGUUAUGAUGAGGAUGCAAGUGGUGCUGAUUGGUUUUGCUAUCAUUCGUGUUCACCUUGUAUUUUUCCAAUCGGAUUUUGUUCUCAACAUGGUUUACCGCUUACGCCGCCAAAAGGAUACGAUCCUACCACAUUUACAUGGGACACAUAUUUAAUGGAGACAAAUACUAUACCUGCACCCGUGCAAUUGUUUAACAGGGAGAUUCCUCAGCAUGGGUUUAUCGAAGGAAUGAGGCUUGAAGCUGCAGAUUUAAUGGAUCCUAGAUUAGUUUGUGUUGCUACUAUUACCAGGGUGAUUGGGAGGUUAUUGAGAGUACACUUUGAUGGCUGGGAAGAUGAAUACGAUCAGUGGUUAGAUUGUCAGAGUCCAGAUAUUUAUCCAGUUGGGUGGUGUGAUUUGGUUGAUCACAAAUUAGAAGGGCCCCGUGUACUCAAUAAAAACACUAGUCCUACUGUAAAAUCACCAAGAGGCCUUAAACGUAAAGCUAAGAGAAAACUGAAGAAAAGCAGCAAAGUAUCCUGCGCGAAAAACAUUCUACCUCGGCACAGUGAACGUAUUAGCAUGGCUCGUGAGCGUGAACGAGAAGUAGAGCCUGCUCAAGGGAUAAAAAUUGAGAGAGAACGCGACGUGGAAAGUUUGCCAGAACAAAGAAAUAGGGAACCAGAACCAGCAGAAGAGCCAGCUGGACCUGAUCAAACUUUACCUAGUCCUACUACAGGUCAAGGUCAAGCGUUAAAUGAUACUCAAAGUGAAAUUCAAAGCCCUCCACCGCCGAAAGAAAGAACUGCGACAUCGUAUAUUAAUGUGACGUCAGCCACUAAUAAAUACAUCCCAAGGCUAGCAGAUGGUGUACAAAAAAGUUCGGAAUCUGGUGAUUUAGUGCCAUCUGAAUGGAAUGUGUUUGAUGUUGCACAAUUUCUUCGUGUUAAUGAUUGUGCAACGUAUUGCGAUAAUUUUAGUAAACGUAAAAUAGACGGAAAAACUUUGUUGACACUCACUAAGGACCAAAUAAUAGACCUGACAGGUUUUAAAGUUGGGCCUUCUUUAAAAAUAUACGAUCUUAUUCAACAAUUGAAAAUCAAAGUGAAUCCAGCUCAGGAAAGGUUGAAAUUAGGAUUGAAAAAGUUAUUAUAACAGAGCUAGUAUGUAGUUAAUAACGUGAAUAAGUUCCAUCAUUUCAUAAAAAUAAACAUGGAUUUACAGGUAAGGUAUGCAAAUUCAAGUAAUUAAAAAUUUAUAUUUGGAAUAGUUCACAUUUGUUGUCGGUUAUAUGCUUUGUUCGUAUACUAAUGCAUACACAUAUCUAUAUGUAUAUGUAUAUAUAGAUACAUAUAAAAAAAAUGAUCAAGAUUAAAAUUUUGAGAUCCAAAUUAAUUUUUAAAUCACAGAUUUUCUCUAACAUUAACAAUUCAAAAGGAAACAAAUCAAAAUUGAUUCCACAGUAUUAUUUAUGUUUAAAUAUAACAAUCAAGAAUAUUAAUAGAUCUUUAUAUAGACGGCUAUUAUUUGUAAAUCCAUGCUUUCAUGUUGCACUAAAUUGUUUGCAGAUGCAUGAACCACACUUAAAUAAUUACUCAUUGUAUAUUAAACAAUUUUUUUUAAGAAACAAAAAUUAAAAACGUAAUUUAAAGAAAAAAUGUUAGCGGAGUAAAUUAACAAACAUGUAUUAAAAUAGAAAGUAAAAAUAUAGUAAAAUGAAUAAUAAAGUACAAACUAAUCCUUGGGCAUCAAUUCAUCACAGCUCUAAUCACAUUUGCCUUAAUGAUACAAUUCGCGUUAAUAAAAUAGUUUUACGUAUUUUAAUAAAUUUGUUAAUUUACUCUCUAUCAUAAUCAACAAGUACACAUUUGUACAUAAUUAAAGAGAACGAAACGGUCAACUUUUAACCUUGUAAAUAUAGCAUUUAGCACAAUAUUAGGUUUAGCUAAUUUUUUUGAAAGAAUGAAGUGAACAUAACCACACUGUACAAGAAAGGUAACUGUUAGCAAGUGGUUGAUGCAUUUGUAUCUCAGAAAUUGUAUCCAUGUCUAGCUUUAUAAUCAUUACAGUAAAUCAAACAAGUCGAGCAAAGUUUAAGGCUAAUUUGUCUUAGACUCAUUAAAUACUAUUUUUAGUAUGAUAGAGUAACACGAUUACUCGUUUUAUUUAUUCAACAUUUUGGAAUCUCAGUAGGUACGAUUUAAUUCGAUACCUAACCUUUUCUAGCACUUAGUUGAUAAAAAGUUAAACACGAAAGUUUUCAUUAGUCAACUAUACUUUUAUUUCAUCAAUCAUACCAGAAUGUUAAUUGCAUUUUGGUAAUAUGUAUCCUUUUGUUAUUUUAACGUGCGGUAUUGUAUUAACAGUGUAAGAAAUUUAUUAAUUCGGAGAAUAUUGUAUAUCUAUGUCUGCUGAUCAAAGAAAAGGUAGUAACGUUUUCAAUCCAUUAGUGUGUAUAAAUUGGGAGGCAUUAUAAAAGAGUAUUACAGUUAUAAACUUGAAAAGUUUGCGUUUGUGUCAAUGACAAAAUUGAAAACGUAGAUUAUAACAAGUUAUUUGAACGAGUUUUAGAUUUAAAACAAAAUAACGUUCAAUUCAACAUAGUACGAAAUUCAGUAUAAAAGUUAAAAUUCUUUUACUACGGAACAAUACGUAAUGUUAAACUAUACUUAUUUAAAACAAUUUUUUCUAUUGAAAAUCCUCUGUUUCACAUGAAGGUAUAAACACAAAUUUUUCACAUUCAUACACUUACACACUUAUCGUUUUUUAAUCACAUUAAAUUUCACAUUUAAAACUCCAAAGUAGAAAAAUGAGAUAUGUAUUUUGUAAUCGAAUCGAUCGUUUAAUUUUAAAAAUCAUUUUCCGGAUUAAUGAAUAAGAAACAAAAAAUUAAUGUUAUUUCGAUUUAUUUAACUGCAUUUAAGGUGUAUUCAUAGCUAUGCCUUCUACGCGAGAGCUAUAGAACCCUCAUUUUUUCAUUUACGAUGUAAUAUAUUAUUAACGUAUACAAACAUUACGAACAAUAACUAUGAAUACAGUCUCCAAAUAUUAUUUUUAGCCUGUCAUUUUAUCGAAAUAAACAAAACAUCGCGUCAUAGAUAAUCGACAACAGUAUUUAUCGAUAACGCUAAGUUUAGUAGAAGAGAUCAUCUCUAUUUCCUCUCUUUUUAUUUGUAAGUUCGUCCUUCGUAUAUUUCUUUUAUAAAAGUAAAGAGAGAAUGGUUGAAAAUAAAUGUUUUUCACAUAUAUAUUGUAAACAAAUUUGAAAAUAAUGAUGGAAGUACAUUGUUUAUAUUAAA